UCUCUUCAAUUUCCCCUCUCACUCGUGCCCUGGGAGUGGAGGCAGCAGCGGCUCCGGCUCCAGCUCCAGCCCCUGCAGCCACCGCCGCCCUGACCACCAGAGCGCAAACCGCGGGGACUCCGGGCAGCCGGGCCCCGGCCCCGCAGCAGCCGCCCCGCUGCCAAAACAAACGGCCCUUCGCUAUUUAUUGGAGGCGGCCGGGCAGGAGAGCUCAGAGCAGGCUGCCAGCCGCAGGCGCCGGCCAGCAGCAGCGGGGCGCACGGCAGCACCUGCCCGGCACACGGCCACCUUUACGCACUGGAUGGCGACCCCCCUGGGGCACGGCGAACGCCCCGGUCGAGCCUGAGGGGCUCCCGGGCUGAGGACCCCCCUGUCGCCCGCCUCCCCGCCCCGGCGGAGCAGCCCAGCGUCCCCGCUGCCCCCGGACUUCCCUGCCAUGAAGCUGGCCCGGCUCCUGCUGCUGCUGAGCGGGUGCGCGCUGCUGCUGGCCCCGGCGGUGCGGGGGUGCGGGCCGGGCCGGGUGGUGGGCAGCCGCCGCCGGCCCCCCAGGAAGCUCAUCCCGCUGGCUUACAAGCAGUUCAGCCCCAACGUGCCCGAGAAAACCCUGGGCGCCAGCGGCAGGUACGAGGGCAAGAUCGCCCGGAACUCGGAGCGCUUUAAGGAGCUGACCCCCAAUUACAACCCCGACAUCAUCUUCAAGGACGAAGAGAACACAGGAGCCGACCGCCUCAUGACCCAGGUACGGGCCCAGCCCCUCCCGGGCUCCUGGGCCCUCUGCGCCCCGCAGUCCUUCCUCUCCGGGGGAGCCCUGCUCUCCCCUCCCCUGGGUCCUGCCCUGAUCCCUGCUCCAGCCAUGCCGGGCUCCGGGGGACAUUCCACCCCGCCCGGCGGGGCGCGGGGCUGUCCGGGGCCCGGGCUCAGGUGCUGGGAGGGAGGGAGGGAGGCCGGGAAGUGCCCCGCGGUCCGAGGUGGAGCAAUGGCCCGAGCAGAUGCUUCCUCCCCGGAGAGCUGCCCUCCCGCGGGGCCCCUCUCCAGCCGGGUCCCCGGUGCGCGGCGGGGGUCUCCUCUGUUCUCCCGGGCCCGGCUGCCCUCCUUCCACCGAACCCGGGACUUUCCCGUGCAGUGA